CAAACAUGGUGGCAACAAAGCAAGUGAAUGAAGGUAGUGGUUGGUGUAACCUGAAGUACAUUAGUCUCCUCACCUUGACAAUACAGAAUGCUUCUCUUAUUCUUACGAUACGUUACUCGCGCACCUUGCCUGGAGACAUGUACAUUGCUACAACUGCCGUGGUGUUUGCAGAAGUCUUAAAAGUACUGGCAUGUUUGUUAAUUAUACUUGCCCAGAAGCGGAGCUUUCCAGAUUUUUUUGAUUUGCUAUAUUCAUCAAUUAUUGGACAGCCAUGGGAUACACUGAAACUAUCUGUUCCAGCACUAAUUUACACCGUACAGAAUAAUCUACAGUACACUGCUAUUUCCAAUCUGGAUGCUGCCACUUUUCAGGUGACAUAUCAGUUGAAAAUUUUGACAACAGCCCUGUUUUCAGUCUUCAUGCUCAACAAAACUCUUGUGAAACUUCAGUGGCUGUCUUUAGUCAUGCUCUUUGUUGGAGUCUCAAUUGUGCAGCUGCAGCCAACAGGUGGAACUUCUUCAAGUGAUAAAGAUAACCAAUCUGUGGAGACGGCACAGCAAUUGAAAGAAUCUCAGAGCCCACUACUGGGUUUGGUUGCCGUUAUUUUGUCCACACUUUGCUCUGGAUUUGCAGGUGUUUAUUUUGAGAAGAUUUUGAAAGGUUCACAAGCAUCCAUCUGGAUCCGAAACAUUCAACUGGGAAUCUAUGGAACAGUUAUUGGCCUUAUUGGAAUGCGUGUCAAGGAUGGUGACAAGAUUGAUGAGAAAGGCAUUAUGUUUGGAUAUUCCACCUUGGUUUGGAUUGUAAUCUUUAUGCAGGCAUUUGGUGGGCUUCUGGUUGCUGUAGUGGUGAAGUAUGCAGAUAACAUUCUUAAGGGCUUUGCAACAUCAUUAGCAAUUAUUGUUUCUUGUGUAGUAUCUGUGUAUCUGUUCGACUUUCAUGUGAGUGGACAGUUCUUGUUUGGUGCUGCACUGGUUAUAUCAGCUGUACUGUUGUAUGGAAGACCACAGAAUCAAGCUAAGCCAGGGAGUGAAAAACUGACUGCUGUGGCAAAAGUAUAACUUUGUUGUUCACUGCAGAAUUUUUUUCAGAAAAUUGGGCCACUGUGCAACAGGGAAAUACUUACAUGUGUAUUGAAUAAUACAAAAAACUUGUUGAUAUGUGAUAUACCAAAAGGAAAUCUCAUACUUAGUUCUUGAACAAUGAACAACCAGGAGUUGAGUUCAAUACAUGCCAGUCCUUAUUCUGAAAUAAUUGCUGUUAUUUUUGUCAUCAUUGUUCUCAUCAACAUCAUUUUCAUUAUCAUUAUUAUAGUCUCUACAUCAUUAUCAUUAUUGUUGCCAUGUCAUCACCAGCCAUUGAAUGUCUUGAAUUCUAUUAUCAUUUACUGUUUAUUAUUAAUGUUAAAUAAUUUCCCCAGUUAAAUUGGUUAGCCCCAUUUUGAAACAAUACUAGAUUUAUUGCAAAAAAAUUGUGGCCUUCCAAUUGAAAUUGUUUUCAACAGAAAGAAUUAUUAAUUAGUAAUAAUUUUUACUCUUAAGAUAUCAUAAUGGUUAUUUUCAAGGUGUGUAAUUAAUAUUGAACAAUUUGUGUUAAGUAUUGGGAAUAACUCACAGAUUACUAUUAGAACUUUUUGAAAGGAUAUUUAUUUAAGUCAAAUUAAGUUAUUGUGGGUUUUUACUAGGAUGAAGCAAAAUUAAUAUUGUUUGGAAAAUGGAAACAACUGUUCAUUUAACCUGCAAGUGAAGAGGCUGUAUAUAGAAUAAACCACUUGUAAUUGGCUAUGUUUCAUGGACAGACAUAAGAACUGCAGUGACUAUAAUACAUUAAAGGUAUUUUGAAUUUUUAUCUCCUUAGUUUUUCAGAGUAGUCAAUCUUACAGAAGCAAGGAUUACCAAUAAAUGUAAAAAAUGAUUGUAGAAUCCUUGUUGACCAUGCCCCAACUUUUGAUCAGAUUUAGUAGUCCACCAUCAUGGUAAUAUUCUUAAAAUUCUAUAUUUAAUAAAUUCAACACAGCAACAUUUCUUUCAUCAAUAGCAUUAGUUGCUAAUUCAAAGUGAACACUGACUCAAGGAGGAUAUUUGUUUCAAAAUGACACCCCUUAACCCUCAAGAUCUGAGUAUUAAUUCUCCCCUUCAGUUGAUAUGAGAGUGUGGUCUUCGAUCAAGAUAACAACUUGUACCUGACAAGUUUAAGUAAUCUCAUUACAUGUUUUGUGGAUAAUGUAUGGAUGUUACAAGGAUAAGUUAAAUGUUAACACUUUAACUCCCAUGAGUGACCAAGACAGAGUUUCUCCUUACAAUAUCAAUACAAUAUCAACCAGAUGAGUGAUGAGAAUAAAGAAAAAUAUCAAUUUGGGGAUAAUUAGUUGAUCGAAUACUAAAUCCUCUGAACUAACAUUGUAAGAAUUGUAUGGUUGAUAGUAAGGAGAAUUGAAAAUUUGUUUUGGAGUUAAAGGGUUAAUCACUUAUGGUAGUUUAAGGGUUAAAUAACUGACUAAAAUCACUGUUAUUUAUUUUAUUUUAAGUUGUGCUACUUGUGGAUCAUGGGGUACUGUGCUUUUGGGUAAUUUUUCUUCCAUCUGUGGUAUUUUAACAAGGGCAACUCUUGUUACUUAAAAAAUAGGUUAUUUUUUUCCCCAAAAUACCAAACUUGUUGAACACAUGUAGAGUUUCCAUAGAUUUCCUUCUUUUUAACAACCUAAGUUAUGAUAAAGAUAUCACAAAGAAUAUGUACAUUGGUUUUGUCAUAGAGAUAGUAGAACAACUUCCAAACAGACAUGUGCACCUUACACCAAUUGUGUUAUGAUCAUGUGGAAAGAUAUAUUAUGAUCAUGAGGUAUUUUUGUCAGUAUGGCCAUGUAGUAACUUGUGUGUGCAGUUGUUAAUGAUACCCUGUUUUAUAGGGUCUUUAUAUUAGGAACUAAGGUGAAGCAUGAAUGGAUUAAACUGUGAUCUGAUGUA